GAAUGGAAAUAAUGUGUAUCGUCAAAUGUUGCUACACGUUAAAGACGUUUUAGGAACAUUUUGGUUUGUAAACCUAAUACACGAGACAUUACGCGGAGGGAUACUCCACAUUGUGAGUUACAAUCAGGGUUGCAGUUGCACUCAGUAAGUUUGUAUGAGAUCAAGGUAUCGGAGAAGAGCAGGUCACUGGAGAUUGUGUUGUUUUAGUAUUUAAAAUUUAAAGAGGAUAAUCCUUUUUUUCUGGCUUUCAAUGGAUUAGGGUCGUCGUCAGAGUUCUUUAAAGGUUGACAGGUAAGAAGAUUGUUUUAGAAAAUGCCAUUGCAUGGAAAAAUAGUGGUUAUCAAAAGGAGUGGAGCUGAUGGAACAGAAUUCCCACUAACUGCACAAUCAUGCUUGUUUGGAAGGAAACCUGAUUGUGACAUUCGCAUCCAGCUGCCUCAUGUUUCCAAAGAGCACUGUAAAAUUGAAGUGAAUGAAAAUAAAGAGGUGAUUGUAACAAAUUUGAGUGCGGUUAAUCCUACUCGUUUGAAUGGUAAAAUUGUACACCAGUCUGAAUCUUUGAAGGACAGAGAUGUGAUCACUAUUAUUGAUCGUUCUUUCAGGUUUGAGUAUCCCCCUGAAUUGACCCAGAGGAAAAGAAGACAGUCAGCAUCUGUAAAAAAUGAAACCCUGCAGGUGCUUCAUGUUCAGCAGGUGAAGGACACGGUGUGUUUGUCUCCUGGAAAUCGAAGGAAAUCCACCACCUCGACUUCAGAUGCAUCAUAUGAUCAAAAAGAAGCAAAGGCUAUUGGAACUGAACUGUUAAGUGAGGCACACAUAAAAAAUGCUACACCUGGAACAAAGGAUGCAUCUGAUGCAGCAUUUGCCCAUAACCAUAGGGGAAACCAGGAGAAGUUGUUGGAGGGUUUGUCUCCUUUCAGUCAACUUUAUAAAACACUUAAACGCCAAUUCCAGGCAAAUGAUUACCACCAAGUCUCUAGCAAAGAUGGAAAAACACCAAGGAAAGCAUCAGGAGAUGCAGCUCCUCAGUCACCUUUAUCAAGGUGUACAUCUGACAAAAUUAGUCCAACCCAAGCUGUUGGCAUUCAGAUAAAUGAGGAUAAAUCUAAAGUUAAUCAUGAGCUGCCCCUGGAAGUUAAAAGUACACCAUUACCACAAGUCCAUGUUUUCAGACAGUCCUUUGUCGUUUGUGAAAAAUCAGUUGAAGAGGCAAUGUCACAAAAUCUAGUUUCCUGUGUUUCUUCAGAAGAUGAAUUGAACAAGGAGAUAAUUGAUUUGUCAAGGUCUAGGAGGAGUAGUAAAGUAAUAGAUAAUUUACAGUCUGGUCCUAUAAAUGGUGAAACCUCUCAAAAAAGCAAUAGGGCAGAUAUUAUUGUAACACCCAAAAAUGAUCGUCGUUCAGCAUCACGUGGUGAUGGAUUUGUUGAACCUAGUGUUUCAGAUAAUGAGGCUAGCUGUGUAGAUGGUACUCCAAAGUCUAAAAGAAAAGGUCGACCAAGAAAGUCCCCAUUAAAAGAUAACCAUGCAGGAGGGAAUUCUUCUAUUUGUGAAAGUGUGAAAGAGAAUCCCGCAGUGGUGGAGAAUGUAAUAGGCACUGACAAAGAAACUCCUAAGAGACGUCGCCGGUCUUCCCAGCCAACUCCUGUGAAAUCGGCAGAAAAAGAGAAAGAAUCUGGGGGGGAUGCACAACACAAACAAGACAGUUUUUCUAAUGCUAAAGAAACUCAAAAGUCUAAAAGGAACAGCAGGCAGUUUACACUGCAAAGAUCCGUUAGUGCAGAUGAAGUGCUGAAAGAACUUCCAUCUUCAGCAAAGAAAUUGACAGAGGAAAUGGCAUUGGGAGGAAAAAAAAUAGAAACCCCUAAAAAAGGCAGGAAAAGUAUAGAAUCUGAAACGCCAGCUUCUGAAGCAGAGCUUACUCCUAAGAAAGUUUCCUCUUCACUAAGGCGGCAAAGUAGAUCACUUUCACCUGCCUGUCUUGAAACUCAGGAUCCAGUCAAGAUAAAUGUUAAUGGCAUCAUAACACCACAAGAGGAAAAGAAAGUGGCAACACCAAAGAAAACACAAGAAAGUCCUGUAACAAGUGAAGUUUUACCCAAACAGAAGACUCCUAAUAGCUCUCCAAGAAGGCACUCUGGAACAGCAGUGCUGAAAGCUGAAGUACUUCCAGAAAUUGAGUCAUUGGCACCACCUAGUGGAGAAAAUGAUGUAGAAACAGGUACUAAAAAGACUUCAAGCAAGAAGCGCAGGAGCGGGGAACUGCAUGAGAAAUUAGCAGGACCACCUUUAAAAAGAAAAAGAGUUUCCUUUGCUGGUCACUUGAGUCCUGAGCUGUUUGACAAACGCUUGCCCCCCGAUUCUCCUCUGCGGAAAGGAGCUAUGCCAACCAGAUUGAGUCUGUCAGUUGGGAGCAAAGGACGCUCAGUAUUACGGAGGGCAUCGACAACAGGAAUCAAGUAUUCCUUGAUAAAGGAAUUUUCUGAAGAUAACCUAAGUCCUUUAAAGCCAAGUCCCAAGAAGAAGGCAUCCCCUAAAAAAACACCAUGUAAACCCAAUACUCUAUCGCCUGACAAGAAAUCCCCGAAGCUGAUUGCCAAGACUCCCUCUUCAGCUAUGUCUGUGGCUAAAACCUCCUCCCCUGGCAGAAAGUCCCUCACUGGCACUGGCAAGACCCCCACUAUGACAAGCUUAACUGCUUCAUCAGACAAGAAGUCCCCAAAUGUUGCUGAUGUAGAACUGUCUCCUGGCUGGAAAUCUCCUACAAGUGCUGCCAAGACCACCUCCCCUGGCGUAAAGUUGCUUGCUAGUGCUUCCAAGAUGCCCUCCCCAGCUUCUACCAUUACUAAUACACCCUCUCCUGGUAGGAAGUCUCUUGCUGGUGCUACCAAGACGCCCUCCCCGGCUAGGUCCGUCACCAAGACGCCCUCCCCGGCUAGGUCCGUCACCAAGACGCCCUCCCCGGCUAGGUCCGUCACCAAGACGCCCUCCCCGGCUAGGUCCGUCACCAAGACGCCCUCCCCGGCUAGGUCCGUCACCAAGACGCCCUCCCCGGCUAGGUCCGUCACCAAGACGCCCUCCCCGGCUAGGUCCGUCACCAAGGCGCCCUCUUCCAACAGGAAAUCUUUACCAAGUAUUACCAAGACACCCUCUCCAGCUAUGUCUCUAGCUAAGACACCAUCUCCAGGCAGAAAGUUGCUCACUGAUGCUGCCAAAACACCCUCUUCAUCUGGUGCUGCUAAGAUGCCCCCUCCUAGUAGGUGGUCACUUGCUGGUGCUGCCGAGAUACCCUCCCCAAAUAAAUCUGUAACCAAGUCACCCUCUGCUGGUAGGAAGUCUCUUGGUACCAGUGCCAAUACCACACCUGUAGUAUCAACCACAACACCAAAAAGAGGUACACCUUAUGUUAGUGGGCGCUUCUCUAUUUCUCACAUCAGCACGCCUUCACCUAUUCCUGAACAAAGCACUGUUGCAUCUAAAGCAGAACCUGUUCCUGGAGAAAUACAUUGUGAUGCUGUCACACCUAAACCAUCCCUAAGAAGGAAAAGCAUUCAGUCUACAGGAAAGAAAACCUCUUCUAGGAGAAAGAGUUCUGUUCUUGAUGCAGUUCGUUCAAGAAGUGGGGCAUCUAAAGCGAACUUGCUAGUUGCAAGAUCCUGGGCUGAUAUUGUGAAACUGGGGGCUGCCAAAACACAGAGAGUGGUUUUUGCAAAGAAGCAGGCCACAAAGGCAAAGAAGGUUACUAUUAAGAAGGUUACAUCAAAAAUACUAAAGACCCCUGCUCAGAAAAUAAAAGACCAUAUCAGUACUGGACAUGCAGAUUCUCCUGCGACCAUUGUUAUUGGCAGAGCCCAUGUUAGAGCUGUCGAACCAGCAGGACAAGUUCCAAAGCUGGUUAGAAAUGUGGCUUUAAUGAAGAGAAGCAUGGAAGUAAAUGAAAGUUUUACAGGAAUUGCUGAAAUGUUUAGUACCCCUGUAAAUGAGAAACCAGGGAGAACUCCAAGGCACUCCUCUGCAAGCACUGAGGUUGUCUGUUCUACUCCUGUUUCUUUAACUGAUGCCUCUGUACUGAACACCCCAGAGGAAACAGGUGAAAUGGUUGUAUCCCCAUUAAGCUCACCCAGUACUGCAAGACGUGGAAGGUAUAAUAAGGAUGCAGUGACCCGUCUUCUUCAAGAGAAGGAAUCCAGUUAUAGUGUCAUAAAGACUCCUGCUAAAGAAAUUAUUGCACCAGUGAGUCUCUCUGGUGGGAGUCAAGUAAGAGUUCAACCGUCGGAAGAGGUGGUAGAUACAAGUGAGCAAAUUCAAACACUUGUUAAGAAGACAGCAACUGAAACAGAUGAUGGUUGUAAAAAAAUAAUGAGGACCCCUAAACAAAAGGCUGAGCCACUGGUGGCCCUUACAGGAGUUAAAAGGCUUAUGAAAACACCAAAACAGAAGUCAAAACAAAUUGAAGACUUCAGAGGGCUCCAAAGACUCAUGAGAACACCCAAAAAACCUAAAGAACAGAUAAUAGAGGAUCUUGUUGGGGUCAAGAGAAUAAUGACAACUCCAAAACAGAAAGCAUCACCAGUGGAAGAUAUGGUCGGAAUAAAAAGAUUAAUGCGGACCCCUAAACAUAAGGGAGAGACUGUUGAAGAUAUGUCUAGCAUUACCAGAAUAGUGAAGUCUCCAAAACUAAAGAUUGCUCCUGUAGAAGACUUUGCAGGUUUGCAAGAACUUAUGGAAGAGCCAGAGGAAAAAAAGCAAGACCACGAAUCAAAAGUAAUCGCAGAAACAUUUGAAGCUUCGGAGACAAAGAGUGUGUCCAAAAAACAUGAACUUGUUAGAACACCGGCCAUCCUGGCACAGUCCAGUGUAGCAGCUCAACAACCACCUUCAAAGAGGUCUUGUCGUGAAGAUUGUGAAAUAUCUGUAUUGCCUACACCUUUAAAUAAUUGUGGAAGAACAGAACAAGUGAAACUGACUAUGGAUAUUGCAGAGCAUUCAGCUGUACAAAGUUCAACUGACACUCUAAUUGGGAGUGUUAAAACUUCCCUUGCCCAAACUGCUUCUAUUAGAAAGUCUGGAAGAGGUAGGAAAACAUCGGAUGUUGAAUUGUCAUCUCUGGAAACAAUUUCAGUUGAAGUUUGCCCAGUUAAAAGUGAUAACAUUUCUAAACCUACAACAGUGUGUGUCAAAUUAUCACCUACCCCAAAGAGAGCAACACAUGGAACUGAAAAUAAGGAUACUUCUAGAAGCGAUACCCUGACACCACCUGCCUUUGAAAUUGCUUUAGUUAAAGAGUCUUCCAUAGACUCUGUAAAAUUGUCUACACCAUCAAGGAGGUCACAACAUGGGAAUGAAAAGGACACUGUACACAAUGAAAGCUCAAUAUUAUCCCCACCUGCAAAUAAAACUCAGAGAGGAAACAAACAAUUGCAGAAUGUAGAACAAAACCAUGCAUCUACAGAACUUACUGAUUUAACUGUUGACAUUGUUAAAGCUUUUCCUGUCUCUGCAAAAUGGACACACGGUGGUCAAAUUAAAGAAGUUGAGACAUCUGCUUUGCCUCCUGAAACAAAUAAAAAAAUAGAGGAAGUUGAUCAUAUGUUGAAUAAAGUAGCUGCUGAGGAAACUUUCUCACAGAGCGUGUCAUCGCCUAUAGCUAAGAGAUCGCAUGGUGCCAUCGAAGAUGUUGCUGAAUUGGACACAACUGACUCGCCUGCUCCUAUGAAGAAAUCUUUAAGAUGUAGGAAGGCACAAUAUCAUUCAGAUGACAUUCAGGAGACAUCUACAGAAGUUGUUGCAGCUGAAAGUGUAAUGUCUUUACCUGUGCCAAAGAGGUCACAACAAGGUGCCGUCAAAGAUGUUGCAGAAGAGGCGAUAGCUUCAUCACCAGGUCCUACUAAGAAAUCUGGAAGGGGUAGGAAAGCAAAACAAAACUCUGAAGACAAGCAUGAGACGGCUACAAAAGUAGUAGCUGAGGAAAGCUGCCUAGAAAGUGUAAUGCCUACACUAAAGAGAUCACGACGAGGUGCAGUCAAAGAUAUUGUAAAAGAGGAAAUAACUGCAUCACCAGCUCCUGCGAAGAAAUCUGGAAGAGGUAGAAAGGCAAAACCCAAUUCAGAUGAGACACAAGAGACAACUGCAGAAGCAGUUGUAGCUGAAGAAAGCAGUCUGGAAAGUGUAAUGCCUUUCUCUACGGCAAAGCGAUCAGAACAAGGUGCAGUCAAAGAUAAUGCAGAAUUGGAGACCACUGCAUCACCAGCUACUAUCAAAAAAUCUGGAAGAGUUAGAAAAGCAAAACCAAAUUCAAGUGACCCACAAGAGACAUCUAUCAAAGAAGUUUCAGCUAAAGAGAGCCUUCCUGAAAGGGUAAUGUGUAGCCCUCAAUCAAAGGGAUUAAAACAAGGUGCAUUCAAAGAUACAACAGAAUUAGAGAACACUGCAUCACCAGCUCCUACCAAGAAAUCUGGGAGAGGUAGAAAGGCAAAACCCAAUUCAGAUGACCCACAAGAGACAUCUAUCAAAGAAGUUUCAGCUAAAGAAAGCCUUCCUGAAAGGGAAAUGUGUAGCCCUAAAUCAAAGAGAUUAAAACAAGGUGCAUUCAAAGAUACAACAGAAUUAGAGAACACUGCAUCACCAGCUCCUACCAAGAAAUCUGGGAGAGGUAGAAAGGCAAAACCCAAUUCAGAUGACCCACAAGAGACAUCUAUCAAAGAAGUUUCAGCUAAAGAAAGCCUUCCUGAAAGGGAAAUGUGUAGCCCUAAAUCAAAGAGAUUAAAACAAGGUGCAUUCAAAGAUACAACAGAAUUAGAGAACACUGCAUCACCAGCUCCUACCAAAAAAUCUGGGAGAGGUAGAAAGGCAAAACCCAAUUCAGAUGACCCACAAGAGACAUCUAUCAAAGAAGUUUCAGCUAAAGAAAGCCUUCCUGAAAGGGAAAUGUGUAGCCCUAAAUCAAAGAGAUUAAAACAAGGUGCAUUCAAAGAUACAACAGAAUUAGAGAACACUGCAUCACCAGCUCCUACCAAGAAAUCUGGGAGAGGUAGAAAGGCAAAACCCAAUUCAGAUGACCCACAAGAGACAUCUAUCAAAGAAGUUUCAGCUAAAGAAAGCCUUCCUGAAAGGGAAAUGUGUAGCCCUAAAUCAAAGAGAUUAAAACAAGGUGCAUUCAAAGAUACAACAGAAUUAGAGAACACUGCAUCACCAGCUCCUACCAAGAAAUCUGGGAGAGGUAGAAAGGCAAAACCCAAUUCAGAUGACCCACAAGAGACAUCUAUCAAAGAAGUUUCAGCUAAAGAAAGCCUUCCUGAAAGGGAAAUGUGUAGCCCUAAAUCAAAGAGAUUAAAACAAGGUGCAUUCAAAGAUACAACAGAAUUAGAGAACACUGCAUCACCAGCUCCUACCAAGAAAUCUGGGAGAGGUAGAAAGGCAAAAGUCAAUUUAGAUGGCACACAUGAGACACCUGUAGAAGCAGUUGCAGCUGAAAGUGUAAUGUCUUCACCUUCAAUGAAGAGAUCACGACGAGGUGCCAACAGAGAUACUGCUGAAGUGGAGACAACUAUAACCUCUGCUCCAACCAAGACAUCUGGAAAGGGUAGGAAGGCAAAACUAAAUACAGAAGACCCAUAUGAAACAUCUUUAGUAGUUGCAGUUGAGAAAAGCUGUCCUGAAAGUUUAAUGCUCCCCCCUACAACAAAGAGAUCACGUCAAGGUGUAGUCAGUCACACUGCAGAAGUGACGACAACUGCAUCACCUGCUGUUACUAAGAAAUCUGGAAGGGGCAGGAAGACGAAACAAAAUUCAGAUACCACACAUGUGUCAUCUGCUGAAGUUAGUGCAGCUGAAAGCGAAAUGCCUUCCCCUACAACAAAGGGAGCACGACGAGGUGCAAUCAAAGAUAUUGCAGAGAAGGAGACGACUGCAUCACUUGGUAUGAUCAAGAAAUCUGGAAGGAGCAGGACGGCAAAACAAAAUUCAAAUGACACACAAGAGACAUCUAUAGAAGUAACUGCAGCUGAGAAAAGCUGUCCUGAAAGUGUAAUGCCUUCCCCUACAUUGAAGAGAUCACAAAGAAGCACAAUCAAAGAUAAUGCAGAAGCAGAAACUGUAUCUGCUCAUCCUAUUAAGAAAUCUGGAAGAGGGAGGAAAGUAAAACAUGUUGAGGAAAUAGAAAAUACCUCUACAGAAGUACCUGAAGAAAGCAGAGUUGAAAGUUCCAUCAAGGAUACUGCUAUGCUGAAAACUAGACGUGGAAAGAAAGUAGCACCUGUGAGAGAAACAAGAGGAACCACAAAGAAAAAUGGAAAAAGAGAAACAGAAGAUCUUGAGACUUCUAAAAUUUCAAUGAUUAUGGAUGAAAUAAAAAAUCUUUCAAAAAAAAAAGUAAAAUGGAGUACUGGGCUUACAAUGGAAAAUGAUACACCCGAGAACAAUGCUGUAGAACAUGUGCCUGCUACUGAAAAAAGGUCGCAGAGAGGGAAAGCCAGAAGUGAAAAAGGAGAAACUUUGGACAUAGUAAAGGUACCAGUGCAACCAGCAAAACUUUGUAGAGGACGACCUGGAAGGAAACCAAAAAUGACUGAAGCCGAGAUGGUUCAGGAACAGAUUGCUGAUGAGACAAGUUCUAAAGAGGAAAGCAAACAGGCUGUUGGGGUCAGUUCUAAAAGGGAAGCCUCUUUAGAGGUAAUUUCAAACAAUGUAACUGCAAUUGAAAAGGAAGGACUUUGUGGCAAAACUGGAAGCAAAAGAAAAAUGAUCUGUAAUGAGCAGGAAAAUGUGUUAAUAGAAGUAGCUCCAAAAAGAGGUAGGCGUGGAAAAGCAAAGACAACUGUUGAUGAGGAAGCACAGAGCUCCACAGGUCCCAGUGAUUCUACAGUUGAAAUUAAAGCAGUACCAGUAGUAGAAACCGUGAAUCCUAGGUCAAUCAAGAGGACAGGGAGAGCAAAAGCAUCAUCACAGCAGAAACUCAAUCUGCCAAAAGAAACUAAUGAUCAGGUUAUUGAUGAGAGUGCAUCCCAGGCUGAGAAACCAGUUGAAUUAAAGAAACCCAUUGGAAGGGGCAAAAGAAAGCUUGAGCUGGAUGCUGAAACUGAGGCUGAUGUGUCUUUCCUAAGUCCUUUAAAGUCAACCAGAGGAAAUCGUGCUAAUCUAACAAAUGAAGCUGAAAGCAGAAUGUUUAAAACUGCAGCUGACGGUAAUGUAACUCGGGGAAAAGUGUCUAGAAGAGGAGCAGCGGCAGCAUCCGAUAAAAGAACUGCAGCGACAAAAACAGAAGGCAAACCAGUCAGAAGUACGAGACGGAGAUAGACAUGUAAAUGGUUGCGUUUUUAUAAAAAUUGGUAGCUUAUUUGUACUCUCUGUCCAAUUUAAUUUUUUAAUGAUUGAGGCACUGCAGCUUAAUUAUGCUUUUAUCUUUUCUAUCUUUAAAUUCAUACUGUGCUUUUAAAUACUCUUGAUUUUAUACAGCCGUGUAAUACUCAAUUUCUGAGUGGUAAGACUUGUACAUUUUUGCAAAGACCUGUGUCUUAAUAUUAAGUCACCAUCUAUGUGCAUUGGAUUAUUUUAUGCUGGGUGAUAAUGAUGCUGGUAAAGUUUAUAUAUAAAAAUUAAAGUUGCUGUUUUCUGUAGCAGUUAGCAGAAUAAAGUUUGAAAUUUCGGUGCUUCGUUGUUACUGAAUUUAUUACCUUAAACAGGUAAAGAUGUGUCUACUGAAGCAGGUAAGACAUUGGCUCUUAUUUGAAUGGAUUGUUUUACCUGUACUGUAUUCACAUACAGCAGUGCACAAUCUACUUGACACAUCUUGGAGUAUAUUUUUGGUUAUGGACCUAUGUAAUUGCAGCAACUGAUGCAAUAAAAUAUAAGCAAUAUUUACUUUCAAUAUAGUUUUCUUUCGCCAUUGUUAACCUAACAUGAUGCAAAUAAGUGUUUCAGAUUAGUAAUUGGAUUUUUCACGAUCUUUAGCUUGACAUUGACAAGAUGUUCUCGUAAUGUUCUAAUUAAACUGUAUGUAAACUUUGGUAUUUAGUUCUGUCCUAGUGGCAUUCUCAAAUUAUGUUUGUUAAAUUUGCAAUUU